GACCGGCAGUCUCUCGCGCGCCGCCCAAACGCAACGUUCCCACCUGAGAGACCUGAGAUUUUUACCUUAUUUAUACUUUAAACAUUUUGUGCGAGUUCCGUUUUGGACGAAUGCUAGUGGAGAAGCACGCUUUGUUUUCUAUACCCGUCUAGGACUAAUUUGAAGGAGCACCAUGCUGAUAGUGCCGCUGCUUCUGCUGGGCCUGCUGGGCCCCGACGCGGCCCUCGGCCUCGACAACGGACUCGCGAAGACGCCGCCCAUGGGCUGGCUGGCGUGGGAGCGCUUCAGGUGCAACACAGACUGCAAGAACGACCCAGAAAACUGCAUCAGCGAGCGUCUUUUCCGGACGAUGGCCGACCUGGUCGUGUCCGAAGGCUACGCGGCCGUCGGCUACGAGUACGUCAACGUGGACGACUGUUGGCUGGACAAGGAGCGCGGCGCCAACGGCCAGCUGCAGCCCGACUACACGCGCUUUCCCAACGGCAUGCGUGCUCUCUCCGACUACGUGCAUAAUUUGGGCCUGAAAUUCGGCAUUUACGAGGACUACGGCAACUACACUUGCGCAGGAUAUCCGGGCAUCCUCGGCUCGUUGGAGUUGGACGCGCAGACGUUCGCCUCUUGGAACGUGGACUUUGUCAAGCUGGACGGCUGCUACUCGCACCCCAAGGACAUGGACCGAGGAUACCCUGAAUUUGGGUUUUACCUCAACCGGACUGGCAGGCAGAUGGUCUACUCGUGCAGUUGGCCCGUCUACCAAAUCUACGCCGGAAUGCAGCCAAAUUUCUCAUCAAUCAUUGAGCACUGCAACUUGUGGCGCAACUUUGACGACAUCCAGGACUCUUGGGCCAGCGUCGAGAGCAUCAUUGAUUAUUACGGAGACAACCAGGACAACAUAAUUCCCAAUGCUGGGCCUGGACACUGGAAUGACCCUGACAUGUUGAUCAUUGGAAACUUCGGUUUGAGUUACGAGCAAAGCAAGACGCAGAUGGCGAUUUGGGCCAUUCUGGCGGCGCCGCUGCUCAUGUCCGUCGACCUGAGAACCAUCAGACCUGAGUACAAAGCCAUCCUGCAGAACAAGGGUGUCAUUGCUGUUGACCAGGAUCCACUGGGAAUUCAAGGACGCAGAAUUUACAAGAAAAGUGGAAUAGAAAUUUGGUCUCGACCAAUUACGCCAUUGUACCAAAACUACUUUUCGUAUGCAGUUGCCUUCCUAAACAGAAGAACUGACGGCACCCCCUCUGAUAUUGCUGUCACCCUUCAAGAGCUCGGCCUUGCUUACCCUGGUGGAUAUGCAGUUGAGGACUUGUUUGAAGAGGUUAGUUAUGGAGUUUUAUCACCUGAGACGAAAAUCAAAGUCAAAGUUAACCCAUCAGGAGUUGUGAUUCUGAGGGCAAACAUUCACUUGCCGCGCUUCCAGUCACGCAGCCAGAAAACUAUCUACGAUCCAUAUCAGCACGUCUUCCAAUCCACAGCGAGACCUGAAUUCUAAUUUUUUAAACAAUCAGCAGACUGUGAUAGAGGAACCUCAGCGGAGUCAAGAAAGGCACCAAGAAGGAUUCUAUACAAUUUACAAUUUACACCUGUCAAAGUUACCAGCGGUGAAAAUAAUGCGAGAUAAUGUGACUCUCUAAGCUAUUAAUUUAAAAUUGAAAAUUUUGUGUAGUUUUUUUUUAGUUCCUAAGGAAAAUUGAAUGUAAAUUUGAAAAUUUAUAUUUAAACAGAUGAAUUAGAUUGAAAAAAAAAUUUAUUGUUGCUGUUAAUGAUUUAAAUGAUGAUGCAAUUUUGUGUGUAAAAUGUAACAUUUUUAAUUUUAUUUUUAACAGUUUAUUGUGACCCUUUUAAUUGUAAAUAUGACUAGUUUUGUAUAAAAAAAUGACUCGUUUUGCUUUUCCGCUUAUUUGAUUAUUUUUUAUACAAAAAUCAAAAUUACCUGUUUUAGAAUUAAAAAAAAAAUGUUUUAUGUGUAUAGAAAUAAAUUUAAAAAUAUAAUUAUU